AUGAAUAUUCUAUUUUAUUACCAAUGUUAGAAGAUAUUCCGAAAAGAAUUUCCUAGGAAAAUCUUGGAUAUUAUAUCUUUUGAGAUUUUAAAAAGAAAGAAGUUUAACCAAAAGUUAUCAAUGUUGAUAUGUAUUAUUAAUAGCCAUAUAAAUUAAGUUCAUUUUUAAAUUGACAGGGUUUAGCUGUUUAAAGAAUGCAAAGUAACUUAAGAUCUAGAAGUAAAAGAAAAGUAGAAUAUUAAUAUGAACUUUAUAAAACAUUUAUAAAUGAAUAAGAUGAAGAUUCUUAAGAAAAUCUAAGAAUUUUUAGCUCCAGAAGAAUAGUUAAUUCUAAUAUUAAUCUUAUUAAGCCAGGAUUAAUGCAAUCAACUCCCAAAAAUAAUAAAUUAGAACAUCCUUAUACUGAAGAAAAUGAAUCAACAAUUAAGAUCAUUUAAAUGGAAGAAGAAUUUAUUAAGAUUUUUGAAUAAUAUUCUAAAAAUUAUAAACAUUAAUUGA